AUGCCCUGGGUUAUGCUCCACCUCUCCACCUCCUCCCACCCGCACUUCCGCGCCCUUCGCUUCAAUCACACCCCCGUUGAGGCGCUUUCAGCUGCUGCAGGGGAGAAAGGACAAGGAAGCGGAGGAGAAGGAGGAGGGAAAGUAGGAGGGAUUGUGGGGGGGAGUGGGUGGGGAGUGAGAAAGGGGGAGGUGUGGAGGCCGAGGAGGGGAGAGGGGGUGUGUGAGCUGGGGAGAGGGGAUUGGCAGAUGGAGAGGGAGGGAUAUCCGCUGAAUGGCCGAACAGGCUUUGACUAUCUCCACUUUGCCUGGCGAGAGAGCGAGUGCGCCCACCCGUUCACCCUCACGCACGCCCCCCUCUCCCACCCCCAUCUCCAACCGCAGGAGAAUGGCCGUACCGACUUUGACUAUCUGCAUUUCGCCUGGAGAGAGAGCGACUGCGCCCACCCGUUCACUCGCUUCCGAGCGGAUCGCUUCUUCGAGGCCUUCCAGAACCGUCGGAUCGUGUUCGUGGGCGACUCUACACUGUUGUCGAUGUUCCAGUCGCUGCUCUGCCUGCUCUCAGUGGGUCCCUCCCUCCCACCCAAUCACAGCAUGCCAACAGAGCGACUCAACCGCACCUUCCCCUCCCUCCUCCACCCCCCUUCCUCGUCUCCAUCCCUUCUAUCCUCCUACUCCUCCUCUCCCCUCACCUCCUCCUCAUCCUCAUCCUCAGCUGCUUCCCCUGCAGGCUCCAAGUCCCAAGCCUCCACUCCUCUAGUAUUCCAAUACACAUUCCCUCAUGCCAACACAAGCCUUGACUUUUUCCACUCUGACUUUCUAACCGUCCUGGAAUCCGCCCCUUCACAUGCUCCUGGGCAAUCAGAUACACCUGCCCCAGACACGCCUCCUGCUAGUAUGGCUGUUCCAGAUACGCCUAAUCCUUCAUUGACCAAGAAUAUGCCUGAGGGCAUCAAUAACAGCAGUAUUACUGCCACCAAUAUCGUUGCUAGCUUUGGUAGCAGUAGCAACGCAGGCAUUGGCAGAAGUCUUCUCACAGAUACUUCUGAAACCACCCAGGAGCCAGGUUCGGAUGGGUUGAAUGCGGUGGAGCUGGGUUCGGACAGGUCAGGUGCAGCAAAGCCAAGUUCGGAGGGGUUGGGAGCGGUGAGAGUGGUGCGGCUGGAUGCGUGGGCGGCAUAUGUGGUGGCAGCACAGCCGCAUGUGCUGGUGAUUCACACGGGAGGCGCGUGGGUGGGGUUGCAGCAUCGAUGGCAGGAGCAUAGGGCGCGAAUACAUGCUUCUCAGGAGGGGCAGAAGGGGCAGGAGGGGCAGGAAGGGCAGGAGGGGCAGAGUGCAGCGAAUGAAUCAAAGGUUUUUGCUGCUGUGGCUGGUAAAGGAGUUGAGGGAGGGAUGCGUGAGGAGAAAGUGGGAGCAGAAGGCAAGGUGGAGGUUGGUGGGGGAAAGAGGAAGGCUGGAGGGGGAAAGGGGGAGCCUGGUGGGGGAAAAGGGGAGGUUGGUGGGGGAAAUUGGAAGGCUGGAGGGGGAAAGGGGGAGCCUGGUGGGGGAAAGGGGGAGCCUGGUGGGGGAAAAGGGGAGGUUGGUGGGGGAAAGGGGAAGGCUGGAGGGGGAAAUGGGGAGCCUGGUGGGGGAAAAGGGGAGGUUGGUGGGGGAAAGGGGAAGGCUGGUGGGGGAAAAGGGGAGCCUGGUGGGGGAACUGGGGGGAAUGGCGGGGGGAAUAAGGGGACGGGUGAAAAGGCGAAGGGAAAGGGUGGGGGGAAGAAGGGGAAUGGUGGGGAGAAGAGGGGGAAUGGUGGGGAGAAGAAGGGGAGUGGCGGGGAGAAGAAGGGGAGUGGAGGGGAGAAUAGGGGGAAUGGUGGGGAGAAUAGGGGGAAUGGUGGGGAGAAUAGGGGGAAUGGUGGGGAGAAUAAGGGGAAUGGUGGGGGGAAUAGGGGGAAUGGCGGGGAGAAUAGGGGGAAUGGUGGAGAGAAUAAGGGGAAUGGCAGGGAGAAUAGGGGGAAUGGUGGAGAGAAUAAGGGGAAUGGUGGGGAGAAGAAGGGGAAUGGUGGAGGGAAGAAGGGGAAUGGUGGAGGGAAGAAGGGGAAUGGUGGAGGGAAGAAGGGGAAUGGUGGAGGGAAGAAGGGAAACAGUGGGGGAAAUGGAGUCGAUGGCAAGGGGCAAGGGAAGCAAGGAGAGGGGAAGCGGCAGAAGGUUGGGGAAAAAGUGGAGGAGGGGGUGAUGAAGCAGGGUGGUGAUAAUGGUGGCCAGACAGCCAGUGGAGGAGGAGGAGGGGACACCACGAGUGGUUCUCAGACUGAUCCGUUUGCAGGAGGGGAGUUGCGAAUGGGCGACUUCGGUGAUGAUGAUGCCAUUCUGCAGGGUGACAGCAACAUGUCGAUACUUGAUGGAAUGGACGGUGCGGAUGAAGCAGGGUCCCUUGGUAGCAUGGACGGAUCAGAUGCAGCGGAGGGGGGUUCAGGUGAGGCAGUGGGUGGAUCGAAAUUGGAGGAAGGUGAUGUGAGAUUAGAGGAGGAGGAGCAGCAGACAGGCGGAAGCUUUAUGGCGGAUGAAGCUGACAUAGUCCUAGAGGAAAUGUCCGAAGCGAGCUCUUCAGUCGGUCGGGGCAGCUUCCUUGAUGAGGAUAGGCCGGUGGAAAAUGAUGAAGUGCCGGAGCAGCAGCAGCAGCAGGGCGGGAGUGUCAUGGCGGACGAAGCUGACCAAGUCCAAGAGGAGAUGUCUCAAGGUAGACUCUCAGAAGGAGAAGUGAUGCCUUCAGUCAAUCAAGUUACGUUUGAUGAGGAGGGUGAAGCGGCGAAAGAGGAUGCAGUGCAGGAGAAGGAUAACGAAUCUCAUGUUGUUACAGGUGCAGAGAAUGACAAGGAAGUUCGUGGGGAGGAUGUGCAUAACGAGGCUGCUAAUAAGGAGGAUGAGUCACCUGGAGGGCCUAGUGUGCUCCCACCUAACCUGCUUGACUCGGUUGACUUUCUUGACCCGGUAGCAGCAUUCACCAAGACCCUGCGCAUGCUGCACCACUUCCUCUCCUCCCAACCCACCGCCGAAUCCCUCCCAACUUUCUUUCUCGGGCUGCCCCGAGAACAUUAUUUCCGGGCAGACCAGGGCAACCAUACCUCGCUCUGCCUGCCAGACGACGUCACAUGUAAAGAAAACGGACAGUGUAGCUUGUUUUCGAGGCCGAGAGAGUGGUUGGAAGAGGGAGGGGAGGAGCAGGCACACCAGCAACGGUGGCAGCGGUGGCGGUGGCGGCAGGAGAGGGAGAGGAGGGAAAGGAGGGAGUGGGUGCACUCGAGUGUGGGGCAGAUGGAAAGGGUGGUUGAGAGGGAGAUUGGGAUGGCAGACAGGGUUGUGUUGCUGCAAGCAGGGGGGUUAACUGAUGCUCGUGUUGAUGCUCAUGUGGGCUCUUCCCUCCCUGCAGAAAUGCGCUCGGGUCCAAUGGGUCGGUCGAGGGGAGCCGGGGAGGAGGACCACGCCCCUAGUGGGGGCUCGAGACCCAAGCGCCGCCGCUAUGCCACCACAAGCUGGCAGGACGCCGUGGGUGGGGGGAGCAGCGGGGGGGGAGGCGCAGGGGCGGGGGGGGAGGGCGCAGGCGCAGCAGCAGGGGGAGGCGGGGGGGGACCCGGGGGAGGCGGGGGAGCGGGGGGAACAGGGGGGGGAGCGCGGAAGGGGGUGUAUCAUUGCAACUACUGUCACAGGGAUGUGACGGGGGAGGUGCGCGUGAAGUGUGCGGCGUGUGUGGACUUUGACCUCUGCGCUGAAUGCUUCUCCGUGGGCGCCGCUGCUCACCCGCACUCUGCCUCCCACCCGUAUCACGUUAUGGACACCAUGAGCUUCCCUCUCGUGCAUGAGGACUGGACUGCUGACGAGGAGAUGCUGCUGCUCGAGCCAACCCCUCUACCUCUCUUCCCUGUCUCCCUAAUUCUUUCCCCCCCCUUACCUCCUCUCUCCCCCCUUUCACACCAACCCACAGGCGCUGGAGAUGCCCUCGAGAUGCACGGAAUGGGCAACUGGGGGGAGGUUGUGGAGCACGUGGGUUGCGGAGCACGUGGGUUGAGGAUAACUCUCCGGUCUUUCUCCCUUCCCCCCUUCUUCUCCUCCCUCUCACGUGCCUCUCUCCGUGCCUCCUCAGGCGCUGGAGAUGCGCUGGAGAUGUACGGAAUGGGCAACUGGGGGGAGAUUGCGGAGCACGUGGGGUCAAAGAGCAAGACACAGUGCCACGACCACUACCUCUACGACUACCUGCUGUCACCCACCGGGCCCUUGCCUGAUCUAUCUCGCCUGCGCACGCAAGCAGACACGGAAGCAGCCAAGGCGGCAAUGAAGGAGCAGGAGGCGGCAGAGACUGCAGCGAGGGCGCAGGAGGCAGUUCUGUUCAGCGUUCCUGUGGUCAAACCCGAACCAGGCACCAAGGCAGACGACGCUGCGGCACCAAUCACAAGCGGGUACAACACGAAGCGCAACGAGUUUGAUCCGGAAUACGACAACGAGGCCGAGGCACCGCUGGCAGAGCUGGAAUUCAAGGAUUCCGAUUCAAGUGUGGAUAGACAACUGAAGAUCAAGAUGCUGCACAUCUACUACUCCAGGCUGGAAGAGCGGUCAAGACGCAAGGCCUUCAUCUUGGAGCGUGGCCUGCUGGACCCGAGAAGAGUGGACGGAACGAUCCGACCCGAAACCACCACCGGCAGCAGGGAGAGAGUUAGGGACCGGGACAGGACAGAUGAACAACACAAGAGAGAGGAUGGUGCGGAACAGGGAGGGGAGAGGGAAAGGGGAACUCUGGGGGAGGUGGGGGCAGAAGCGGGAGAGGGUGGGGUGGAGAAGGGGGAAGGGGGAGGGAAGCGCGGAGGGAAGCGAGGAGGCGGUGGGGAGAGGAGAAGGUCGAAGGAGGAGAGGGAGAUGUUUCUGCGGUGCCGCGUGUUUGCGCGAUUUCUCAGUGCAGAGGAGCAUGAGGGGCUGGUGCAGAGCCUUACCCAGGCGCAGAGACUCAGAGACAGAGUGGCCGUGCUGCAGGAGUUGAGAGCAGCGGGGUGCAAGUCUCUAGCAGAGGGUCGUAGGUUCAUCCAGGCGCAUUACAAGGACAACCCCGCCGCUGCCGCUGCUGCUAUUGCAUGCCUUCCACCCUCCGCCACAGCCAUCAGCACAGCAUCAUCAGGAGGCGCUUCAGCAGCUCUUGACAUCUCCUCCCACCCUGGAUGCGACCUGCUGUCACCCAAGCAAACCUCUUCCCUUCCUCACAACCUCCCUUCUCUCCUCCCUCUAACACAUGUGUCCACUUGCUGUCCUUCCACUUGUGCAUGUCUUCCGGAUCACGACAAACAACGCCAAACUCUGCCAUCCGCUCAGGAGCGUGAGCUGUGCACGCACAUGCGCCUGCUGCCAGCUCACUACCUUCGAGCCAAGCAGGUUAUCUUGCAGCAAGCAGCCCUCUCAGGGGGGACCAUCUCACGAGCAGCAGUGCCACCGACUCUUCCGCCUGCCCCCGCCAUCACUGACGGCAUGUUCCUUGCGUUUUCUCCCUACAUCCCCCCAUCCCCCAUCCCCUCUCCCCCAUCGGAACAGGUUAUUUUGCAGCAAGCAGCCCUGUCGGGAGGGGCCAUUUCACGAGCAGCAGUGCAUCGACUCUUCCGCCUGCCCCCUGCCACCACUGACGCAAUCUUUAGACUCCUGCUGGGGGCUAGCUGGAUAGCUGAAGCUGGGGGGAACAGUUCUGGUGGGGGGAUGGGAGGGGCGAUGGAAGGGGGGAUGGUGAAGCAAGAGGGCAUGUGA